GUCUUCACCAACAAACGCAUCUUCUCCAACCCAUCUCUCCGCCAUUCACAGGUCACCUUCGCGGCCUUUCACUUCUCCGUCACGGCACUCUUCCUCUACAUCAUCUCCCGCCCAAAAAUCGGCAUGUUCACCGCCAAACGAGUGCCUGUCCUCUCUGUCCUACCCCUCGCCAUGGCCAUGAUCCCAAACGUGGUUCUCCCAAACGCCUCCCUGGCUUACUCGAGCGUACAGUUCUACCAAGUCGUACGAGUGCUCCUCACGCCUUGCGUCCUGCUCAUCACAUACCUCUCCUACCGAACCAAGAUCUCGCGCCCUGCGACGCUCACCCUCAUCCCGGUCUGCGUCGGUGUCGCCAUUGUCAGCUACUUCGACGCGGCGCCUACAAGCAAAGCGGAGGAGAAAGAGACGUCGCUCCUGGGAGUGUUCUUUGCAUUCAGUGGAGUAAUCGCAAGCUCGGCAUACACGGUGCUCAUCAAGCACAAUCAUCAGAAAUUGGACUGCACGAGCCAUCAAUUGCUGCUGAACCUGGCGGCUGUCGCUCCGAUUCCAAUGCUUUAUAUCAUUCCAUUCACGGAUGAUAUCACAGUUCAUGGAUCGACGAGUCGGAGCUCUUGGGUGUUGAUCAUCAUGAGCGCUGUCUUCGCAUGUAUGAUCAACCUAUCGCAGUUCAUCAUCAUCGAAGAGGGAGGAGCAGUGACGAGCACGGUCGUUGGACAUUUCAAGACUCUUGUGAUCGUCUCAAUCGGGUGGAUGGUGAGCCACGCCGCGAGCUACGGGAGUCUAGGUGGAGCGAUAUUGGCCUUGGGAAGUAUUGGGGCGUACGUAUGUCCUCAUUCAAAGCCAUGGAAUGUCGACUGA